GGUCAGCUGGGCGACGGCGCCGCCAUGUACCUGGGCGAGGUGCUGGGCCCCCAGGGCGAGCGCUGGGAGAUCCAGCUGAAGGGCGCCGGCCUCACACCUUUCUCCCGGCAGGCCGACGGUCGGAAGGUGCUGCGGUCGAGCGUGCGGGAGUUCCUGUGCAGCGAGGCCAUGUUUCACCUGGGCAUACCCACCACCAGGGCCGGCACCUGCGUCACCUCCGACUCCACCGUCCUCCGCGACGUCCUGUACGACGGGAACCCGAAACGGGAGAGGUGUACGGUUGUUCUGAGGAUAGCUUCCACGUUUAUAAGGUUUGGUUCUUUUGAAAUUUUUAAACCUCCUGAUGAAUACACAGGACGCAAGGGCCCCAGUGUGAACCGCAAUGAUAUUCGAAUACAGAUGCUUGAUUAUGUGAUUGGCACUUUCUAUCCAGAAAUCCAGGAGGCUUACUCAGACAACAGUGUUCAGAGGAAUGCUGCUUUCUUCAAAGAGGUAACCAGGCGGACAGCGAGGCUGGUUGCUGAGUGGCAGUGCGUGGGGUUCUGCCACGGGGUGCUGAACACAGACAACAUGAGCAUCGUCGGGCUGACCAUCGACUACGGCCCCUUUGGGUUCCUGGACAGAUACGACCCCGAGCACGUCUGCAACGGCUCGGACAGCGCGGGGCGCUACGCCUACAGCAGGCAGCCCGAGGUCUGCAAGUGGAACCUGGGGAAGCUGGCAGAGGCUCUGGUUCCAGAGCUGCCCUUGGAAAUAAGUGAACUCAUCCUGGAAGAGGAAUAUGAUGCAGAAUUUGAGAAACACUAUUUGCAGAAGAUGAGGAAGAAACUAGGCCUAAUCCAGCUGGAAUUAGAAGAAGAUAGUAAACUGGUGUCUGAACUUCUUGAAACCAUGCAUCUCACAGGUGGAGACUUCACAAAUAUUUUCUACUUGCUGAGUUCAUUUUCAGUAUACUCUGAUACUUCAGAAUUGGAAGGUUUCUUAGAAGAGCUUACAAGUCAGUGUGCUUCUGUGGAAGAACUGAAAGUUGCUUUCAAACCGCAGAUGGAUCCAAGACAGCUGUCGAUGAUGCUGAUGCUGGCUCAGUCUAACCCUCAGCUGUUUGCACUGAUUGGAACCAAAGCUAAUAUCAAUAAAGAGUUAGAACGCAUCGAGCAGUCCUCUAAGCUGCAGCAGCUAACAGCAGACGAUCUGCUCAGCAGAAAUAAAAGACACUGGAAAGCGGGGCUGAGACACUGGAAAGAGGGGCUGGAGAAAUACAGAGCCCGUUUGCAAAAAGAGAUAGAAAAUGUUAGUGAUGCUGACACCUGGAACGCUGAUCGAGUGAAGGUUAUGAAUUCUAACAAUCCAAAAUAUAUCCUGAGAAAUUAUAUUGCCCAGAAUGCCAUAGAAGCAGCUGAAAAUGGGGAUUUCUCAGAGGUAAGAAAUGUGCUGAAACUCCUGGAGAAUCCAUUCCAAGAAGCAGGAGGUUUUGGGGAGGUAAAAGAUGAAGAAGAGGAGGGAGCAGGUGCUGCAGCAGCUGCUUGUGCCCAAGAGACCAGAAGCAGGCUGCCAUACAGCAGUAAACCUCCACUGUGGGCUUCAGAGCUCUGUGUUACAUGA